AUGAAUAGAGUUACUACCCUUCUUAUAGUCAUCAUAAUUGACUAUGUAAUAGGACAAACAAACUCUACAAGUGAAUAUCCUAUUGAAGUGAAGACAAACAGUGAUAAAUCAGAAAAAAAAACUAUUGCAAUAAUAGUUUCUUCUCUUUUUGUCUCAUUUCUUAUAGUCUGUGCAGUUAUUCUUAUUAUUGCUGUAGUUAUUCGUAAGUAUCUAAAUGUUAGAUCUCAGAAACAAAACAAUGAAGAAGAAAUAACCAAUUCUCUUUCUACUUCUUCAAAUCCAGAAAAAAAAGGUAAUGAGUCAAUAUCAAAUAAACCUAUGGCUGAAGUCUCAAUAGAACUUGAAACCACCCAUGAAAGUACAACUUCUUCAUUUUCAAGUACUUCUUCCGUAUCUUCUCAAACACAUCCCAAUGGUAAUUCUAAUGAAGAAAACAAAAAAGGAUUACAAAAUUGA